AGCGUGCGACACUAGCACGUCCUGCGUCAUCAGCCUGCGACAAUAACGUGAUAGGACCAUAUACAUAGCUGUGGAUAGGACCCUAGGACCUCUACUGCAAACAAGUGACCGGUGAAAGAGAGUCAGCAGCCCGGUUCGACGGGAUGUCUUAUUUUAGUGGUGACCCGAACUUCUGUCCUGAAUGCGGGAACGUUCUUCCGGUACCAGUAACCUCCAACACUGUCCUGUGUCCUCGCUGCUCCUUCUGCAUUCCUGUUUCAGAGUUCUCUGGUCAGACGGUCAAGUCCUCGGUGGUCUUUAACCAGCUGACUCCGUUGUUGGUUCUGAAGGAUGAUCGAGACUCUGACCUAAAAGGGCCCGUGGUGGACAGACGCUGCUCACGGUGCAGUAAAGAUGGGAUGAUUUACCACACCAGGCAGAUGAGAUCAGCAGAUGAAGGACAGACGGUCUUCUUCACUUGUAUCCACUGCAGAUAUCAAGAAAAGGAGGACUCCUGACACUCUACCGGCCCCCACUGGGUUUCUCAGAACAUCUUCGUCAGCUCUCCCUCUUCUAAUGAUACCUGUCAGGAUCAGCAUUGGAUUUAUUUCUCUUUUUAUAUUAAUUUGAAUGAUUGGCUGCUGCCAGAUUCAGCUCAAAUCUUGUUAAAGUAAAUCUGAGCCUCUGUCAUUCUGAAGGUGGUAAAGGAACCCUACAGCAAAUCUGCUCCAUCUGAACGGAAAUGUCAAAUCUCUGUGAAGGAUGAGUUGGUAGAGCUUGGUUGAAUGGAAGAUGGAUGGAAUAACAUUCAGACAAAUCGGACAAGAGCUACAUGAAUCCUGUGGAUUUUCAGUCCGAAUGUAGAUUAAUAAAUGAGUAUGGGCCCCAA